AUGAAAGACAUGGCAGGCCAGAUUAUCGAUCUUGGAGCCUGGCUUCAGUGGUAUGCUUUUGAUGUAAUUGGGGCAAUUACAUUCCAGCGCCGAUUCGGGUUCAUGGAGAAGCGAGAGGAUGUGAUCGGUAUGAUCGCCGGUCUUGAGGCUGGAUUGCGUUACGCAGGUGUUGUCAGCCAGAUCCCGAGGCUUCAUCACUGGUUUUUAGGUAAUAUAUGGGUUGCCAAAUUUAUGGCAGCGCAACCUUUCGUGAAAAUGCCGGAUCCGCUAAGAACGAUGGUUCGGUUCACUCAAGAAUGCAUUGAUAAUUACGAUCGCGGGACGCCAGGGAAACAUGGAGAUCGGCCUGACUUUCUGGCUUGGCUUCGAAGUGAAGAAGCUAAGGGCAGGCCCAUGUCUAAUCGCGAUAUGAUGAACCACCACAGCAAUAAUCUCCUCGCAGGAAGUGACACAACUGCAAUUUCCCUUCGUGCAAUGAUUUAUUACCUCGUCCAAAAUUAUCACGUUUACAUGACCCUUCAGAAAGAGAUUGAUGAUGCAAAUCGAGCUGACCAGCUGUCGGACUAUGCCACCUACGCGGAGUGCCUUGAGCUCCCUUGCCUGUAA